AUGCGCAUUGAAAAGUGUUAUUUUUGCUCAACGAAUGUGUAUCCAGGACAUGGUUCCGCGUUUGUCAGAAACGAUGCCAAAGUCUUCAGAUUCUGCACAUCCAAAUGUCAUAAGAACUUCAAAAUGAAGCGAAAUCCCCGCAAAGUACGAUGGACGAAAGCGUUUAGAAAAGCUGCAGGCAAGGAGAUGACCAUUGAUUCAACAAUCGACUUUGAAAAGCGGAGGAACGUACCUGUGCGGUAUGAUCGUGAACUGGUUCAGACAACGGUCAAGGCAAUGAAACGGGUGGGAGAAAUCAAAGCACGCAGAGAGCGGGCAUUCUACAAAAAUAGAAUGGCGGCGAGCAGAGAAAAACAGAGGGCACAUCGCAAAAAGAUGUUGGAACAAGCGAAGUCCUCCGUCACACUUCACGAGCCGCUGGCGGUCGAGGAGGCGGAAUCAAUCAAUGAGAGCAAAAAGAUCAAGCUUACCGUCAACUCUAAGCACAAGAGUGCUCUGGUCCCAGGCGAGGGUCGAUCAAUGGGAAUGGAUAUUGAUUAAGGUUCGCCACAGAAUCUUCCGAGAUUUACGAGUCCCAUGUAUAAGUACUACACUUACUCUGCGUGCCAACGGCCAGUGCUUGCGAUACAAGUACAAAUGUGUGUGCAUAGAUUUCAAUAACGCUGAGACAUU